CAGAAUUUCUCUUGCCAUCCAUCACAGUACCUUACACUCUGAAUUUUCAGAGUUGGAUCUAUUGUAACUUCAUCUUGAACCCAAGAGAAACGUAAUCAGUGGCUUCAAAAUGACAAAGAAAAGGAAACAUCAAGAAGAUUUUCAUAAGGUGAAGCUAAAAGUUGGAAAAAAGAAGCCUAGACUAGAAAAUGCAACAGAUACAAACUUCAAAACAAGAGCCAUACAUCUGUCUGAGCAGCUUAGAGAGGAUGGAGUGCUUCCAACAAAUAAUAGAAAGCUUAACAUAAAGGAUCUGCUUUCACAAAUGAACCACUAUAGUGCAGGAAUUAAACAAAGUGCCCUUUUUGGACUCAAAGAUCUGCUGUCCCAGUAUCCAUUCAUCAUUGAUGCACACCUUUCAAAUAUACUAAGUGAGCUGGCAGCUGUGUUUACAGACAAAGAUUCUGCUGUACGAGCAGCAGCAAUCUGCCUCCUUAAGUUCUUGGCUCCAAAAAUACGAGCUGAACACAUCUCUCCAUUUUUCCCAUUACUUAGUGCACAUCUUUCCAGUGCCAUGACUCAUAUCAGUGAAGGAAUUCAGGAGGAUUCUUUGAAGGUAUUGGACAUUCUGUUGGAGGAAUACCCUACUCUCCUGAUGGAUCGUAGUAGUGUGUUGCUGAAUAACUUUGUAGAACUCAUUUCUCACCAACAACUGUCAAAACAACUGAAAAAUAGAGAGAAAAUAUGCUGGAUGCUGUCUGUUAAUCCUAAUCGCAGGGUAACUUCCCAGCAAUGGAGGCUUAAUGUGUUGGUCAGGCUCCGAAAGUUCCUUCAGGUGCUGGUGGAAGGAUCCAGUGAAUUAGAAACUGACAGUGAAGGGCUACAAGAGCCAAAUGACAGCCCACAAGUACCGAGAAACUCCUUGCAUGUUAAUUGGCAGGAAUAUGCCAGUGGCCAGCAGCACAUCCAGUUGUAUGAAAAUGGUGGCCCACAACUCAGAAUUCAUUCAUCCUUCAGGCUAAGGUCUUUGGUAAGUAUGACAGGCAGUGUUGAAAAUGGCCUGUCAUCUCCUGAGAAUUUAAAACGAUUUAUUCAAAUUAUAAUUCCAUUGCUGCUUAAUUGUUGGAUUGAAGCAUCGCCCGCAAAACUUGCGACUCCCAUUCUUGGAAAUCUUCUGGAACCUGGAUCUCAGCAGCUAAUGGAGCAAGUACUUGGUAUCAUAUACCUGUUGUGGAAGCUUGUAAAGCAAAAUGAAGAUCUGGAUGAAAUGGAAGUGUGGGUUCGAGCAAAUUACCUGAAUGAUUUCAAGCACCAUUUCAUGUCUCAUUUCCCUUACUCUUUCCAAGAAACAAGCAAGCACCGAAAGAAAGAGCCCUCGAAAAGCAACAAAUAUUGUAUGACAUCAUCAAACAUUGAUCAUCUCAUGUUGAAUUUAACCUUAUGCGAAAUCAUGGUCUCAUUGGCAAGUGCUUCAACACUGCAAAUGGAUUCUCAUUGGCUAGAUAUGAUUAGAAAGUUUGUGAUAGAGACCCUCCACGAUGGUUGUAAGCUCCCCCUUCACAAUGGCUGCAAGUUAAACAAUAAGCAAUUGAAUAAAUUGCUCAAAGUGACUUGGAGACUUUUACAGAUACAAAUAAACAAAGUGGCAGCAGAGACGCUAAUGAAAGCCGUGUAUACUCUUUACCAGCAAAGAAACCUUUCUUUCCCUAUUCGUACAUUGCUUUUGAAUUUUUUUAGCAGAGUUUAUCAGAAGGAAGAGUUGAACCUUCAUACGAACAGAAGCAGGAGCAAAGUAUUAACUCGUUGGCUGGCUGGUCUACCUCAACAACUUGUUCUUCUUGGUUUGAGAAACGCCAAGCUCUCGGACCAGUUGAUUGGUACUAUUUAUUCCGCUGCAUCCCGGGCAAACAAAGAAAUCCUGCAAAGUUUCCAAGCUGCUGCUCCUCGAAUUUACGAUCCACUAGAUGGUGCUGUCGCUAUUUUGCCAGCAGAAUCACAAGAACGUUUAGUCCAGCUGGUCUACUUUUUGCCACAUUUACCAGGCAAUCUGCUUUCUUCUCUCAGUCGCUGCUGCAUUAUGGGAAAACUGUCGGUAAAGUUAUCGACUACUCUCAUCGGGAUAGUGCGUAUGAGAUCCUCUUUUGUGGGAUGGAAGUACCCAGUGCAAGGCAACUCAGUGACUGAUCUGGAUUACUUCAGCUUCUUGUUUUCAACUCUUACAGGCUUCUCCCGAGAAGAGCUGACUAACCUGCAGAGCAUCAGAGGGAGGCCACACAUAAGCCAAACACAGCUCUCCACGGUCCAGAUCUACUUGACAGAUCUGGAUCAGUUUUCAUAUCACUGGGCAAUGACAGAGGUGGUGACCCAGUGCCUGUCUACUAUACCUUCAAGAAGCCAGUGCAUAGAUAUUGUACAAAAUGGCAUUUGCAAAUACCUGGCAGGGUUGACUGUAAUACCUGACAGUGCUGCUGGAUCUAUUUUGUGUGCCAUUAGUAAGCUCUUGGAUCAAGCGUGCCUGCUUAAUGAAAACUUUGCAAAGUUCCUAGCGUCUUUGUGUUACAGUCUUCUUUAUCUCCUCUUAACGAUAGAGAGAGAAGAUACAGAACACCUGCAGAAGAGGGACGCAUUGUGGAGUUGUUGCAUUUCCGUGCUCACCGCCUUGCCUCGUGUAUUGAGGCUGAUGUUGCAGAGUCUUCAAGUGAGCCGAGUCUGUCCGGAGGAAUUGCCUGUCCUUGCCCAGCUCCUCCGCUUGCUAAUGCAACACGGACAGCUUCGGAGUCAUCUGGUGACCAAUGAACUUCUGGUGAAACAGAUUGUCAAAGAUAUCAUGGUAUUGAAGAGUGGCGAAGCUCAAGACCAGUGGCUGACAGACCUCCAUUACUAUUACAAUAUAUACUUAGCCACACAUCCCCCAGGAUCUGGUGCAGCUGACACAGUAUAUUAAAGAGAACGACUGCAUUUGAUUGCAGGUCUCAGUGCAAAAUGUCAAUUUUCUGUGGAAGUUGAAGUUACAUUUCAUUAAAAAGACUUUUUCAUGUAAAAA